AUGGUUUAUAUGAUAUCAAUGUCGCAGUCACGGAUUGUUUAUUAUCAAUUAUGACUAUCAUAGAUAUACUUUCUGUAUUGUCAGUUAGUGUAUUUAUAAACUCACAACAAUGUGCCUUACUACCAUUGAUAAUAACAAUGCUGUGUACCUGCUAAUUUCUUUGAAGUUGUUUUAAACAAAGUAACUCAUAACUAAAUACUUUAUUUAUAAUAAGUAAACAAAUAAUAAAAUCUCCUUUCAGUAUUGAUGUUCGUAAAUUACUUGCUUUUGAUGAUGUUUCAGUGUCAUUCCACUUCGAAAUUAUAAAUAACGAUUCAAUUAGGUACACAAAAAGCUCAAGAAAAUCAUUGACAGUAUAAAAACGUUCAACUCAUUUAGUCGCACAUAAUUGUUUUAAUGAUUUUUUAGUUAUACAUUUUUGACUUUCUUCGAUUUGACUUUUCAACACAUCUUUUCGCUUUGGAAGAUGAAUAAGAAAUAGCAAGGUUUAAAACAUGAACAGUACAAUGAACAAACGUCGCAAGCGGAUAACUUUGGUGAAUAAGAGAUUGAGCUCCGUUAAAUUGACCAGACAUAGAAGCACAUCCAUCGUAACACUGUCCUCUAAGGUAUUUUGUUUCUACACCAAAUGAAUGUAAACUUUGAAUAAUAAUAUAUAAACCUUUUCCAGUAGUAUCUGUUGUAGACACAAACUGAAGAGUUCUUCCUUGAUAAUUAUAUUUUCAACAUCUAAAUAUCGAACACACAAAGUUACUUGUUCGCUUCCACCAAUGUCGGCCGUUUCAUCAGCAAUUAUUGAUAUGGCAAGUGAAAAAAAUAUUUUUGGUCAAACAAAUGAAUCAAACUUACAUAAGGUCAUACGCAGAGUUGAAGAAAUAUGGAAUCGUCGUUUCAUGCAUUCCAAUUGUGUUUUAAAUAAUACAAAUAAAGGACAAAUAUCAAAAAAGUCAACUAAAGAUGUAAGAAUUACCUCAAUUAUUAAUAAAAAUAUUUAUCCUAUAAAAAAUUCCAUUAUUCCAAAAAAACGCACGUAUCGAAAAACGAAUAAAAAUGAUAAAAUUAUUCCAGAAAAAUUGAAUAUGAUGCAGCAAAGAGAAUUCGGAACACUUUUUCAGAAUGAAAAAUCUGAAAAAUAUAAAAAUGAAAUUUUAAAUUCAACAGAAAAAAAAUAUAGCAAUUUCAAAAGACAAUCCGCUAUUAAUAUCAGCUGAUUUGUUAGAAAAGGUAUAUUUUAUUAUGCUUUAUUUCAAUAAAAAGAUUUUAGGGUAUACCCUAAACCAUUUUUUGGACUUAAAGCAGAUUUCUUAAAUAAAUUUAUCAUAUA